AUGAACAGCUUGGACUCCCUGACGGCGUGCAAGGCCGGCAUGCCAUGCGUUGUGGUAGACUACGAAAUCGCACAGAAAAUUGCAUCUUACUGGGAGAACACAGAGAAUCCCAUUGUGAAGGUCUCACCUACCAUGAUUGUUGUCGGAGACGGGGUGCUAUCACCGAGGGUUGCUUCAUUCUCCUCCAGAGGUCCGAGCCCCCUAUAUCCAGGCAUACUCAAGCCCGACAUAACCGCGCCGGGUGUUAGCAUCUUAGCAACUGUUCGUGGCUCCUAUGUGUUAUUUUCUGGUACAUCCAUGGCAUGUCCACAUGUCUCUGCGGUGACCGCACUGCUUAAGUCGAUUCACCCUGAUUGGUCACCUGCUAUGAUCAAGUCUGCAAUUGUCACCACAGCGUCAGUGACCGAUGGUUUUGGUGCGCCGAUCGAAGCAGAGACGGUCCCGAGGAAGGUGGCUGAUCCUUUCGACUUUGGUGGUGGCCACAUAAACCCAGACAGAGCUAGUGACCCUGGCUUGGUUUACAAUGUGGAUGCAAGAGAGUACAACAAGUUUUUUAACUGUACCAUAGGAUUGUUACAUGGUUGCGAAUCCUACCAACUCAAUCUCAAUCUCCCGUCGAUCGCUAUUCCGGACCUCAAGGACCAUGUCACGGUUCAACGCACUAUCACAAAUGUGGGGGCGGUCGGAACAACUUAUCGUGCGGUGCUUGAAGCUCCAGCAUGGGUGGUCAUGUCCGUGGAGCCAUCAAUGGUCACAUUCGCCAAAGGUAGUAGCACAAGCAUGACAUUUAGGGUGUCGUUUACUACAAGGCGGAGAGUGCAAGGCGGGUUUACCUUUGGGAGCUUGACAUGGUCAGAUGGAAAUACCCACCCAGUUAGGAUUGCUGUCGCAGUAAGAACUGUGAUACAAGACUUUGUCACGGAUACAUCUUAA